AAAGGCAUAAGCGAGUUUUCCUCAGGACGACCCCUAAACUUUUAAAGUUAUAGAACUUGUUUGUUUUGUCUAUAAAAAAAAUUUUAGAGAACGUUCUUUUUUGCACUCCAUCCCUUGCAACGUCCUCUACUUCUGGGAACUGACCCUAAUCCUAACUGGUUUGAAUCGGAAUUUGCUCCUUCACUUAAAUUCAUUCAGUAUCUUUAUUAAGAAUUCGCUAAUUUUCAUUAGUCUGGUAUAGCUUUUUUUUAACGUAAAAUGACGACUGCAGAUUUCUUAUCUAUUGGUUGUAGUCCGCCUGGUGUGUCUGCUUGCCAUUUCCUGCCUGCGUCAUAUUUUUCUUCAGUUAUCAUCAAAUUCAUUGGAAAAUCAUCAUUAUCGUUGUCGUCGUCGUCGCCUAUCUUAUAUUACUUUUGCUAACGCUCAUGCUUUUUAAGGUUGAAAAUUAAACAGUUCAACGAAAAUUAUUUGAUACAAACAAAAUGAUAUUUAUGCUAAUCCUUUCUGUAAUAGACCUUAAUGCUCCAGCUCUUGUACCUGAAAUUGCCCAGCACAAUAUUCUAACAAUCUAUCGAAAAAGAAAUAGGUAGGUAUUGUAAUAACAUUCACCGAUGUUUAGCUUCGUAAAGCUACUUUAAAAGCUUAUGUUGGGUAAUGAUAAUAAUAUUAUUUACUAAAUCUAUUAACAGGUUUCUAAAUGAGGCGGAAAAUAACAGCUGAGCCGCCCAAAUGGCGCCCUAACCAUUUCCGAGCUAAAGAGCAUCCAAAGGGACCGACAUCUUUCUCUCUUCCAUUUUGCCCGUUUCCGUUCUUCAAUCGGAAGGAACCUCCUCCGAUCAUCAGCUUUUGUUUGCGGGCUAUAUUUGCGGAGCGCUCUCGCCCUUUACUUCUAGACGUGCCUGUCUGCCUGCCUGCCUCCUGCUGUUGAUCAUUUUGGUUCGGUGACACAACACAUGGGGGCACUUGGAGGCGAUCUAGCGACGAUAGCAGUAACUAACAUUAGCCGCUGUAUGGAGCACAUUGUUGACCUUCGUAUAAAUCUCCAGACCUACGUAUCGCUCCUCCUGACGGUAUUUCACUGUUUCGCUUUUUCUCUGGAAGCUCCUCGGAUCUGUCCGCAGACAACAGCACCGAUUCGACCAGGCUUUCAGUCGGAGCCGUGUUCUUUCUUUCUGUGGGAUGAUGUGCCCUCUGUGUUGCUGUAAAAACCUCCUCCUCGCCGUCACCGUGUAUAACUGUGGUACGAACGAACGAACGAACGAGUGAAGCUGCUAGCAAGUGGCCUGGCCCCCCGUCGUCGUCGUCGUCGUCUUGGAUGUUGUUGUUGUUGUUGCUGUCGUUGUCGUCACCGUCGUUGUUGUUCUGGUGCUGUCGCCGUAAUGGGAAUCACAAUACGCUUUUGUUUCGUCAGGUGAAUGUAGUUGCUUAACGAAUCAAAAGACUGCCACUGAAGCGUUGAGUGGUGAACUGACAACACGACGAUAGUGAAACGAAUAAUUCAUUGCGUUCUCUCUGUUUUGGACAGACGGCUACGCCGACCGCCGAAUACUGAUAGGACCUAUACCAAGCGCUACCGCCAUUACCGCCGCCGCCGCCGCCGCCGUAGAUCAACGGAACACACACAGCGCACAAACAGCAUUGGACGAGUGUCUGUCCAGCAAGCGACAAAGCACACUGAAGUACAGCUGCUGCUCCUAAAUGCAGUCGUUGAUUUCGCUAAGCGUUUUUCCGGAUAUUUUCCCAUCACGAUCCUAUUAGCAGUACGCCUGCAGAUAGCUAUCAAAAACGAACAAGUAAUAUUCUGUUUGCUCGUUUUCUAGCUAGCUGCUAUCUAAUGUGAGACGAACAGUGGAAUUACUAGGCAAUCAAAAGGUCCGGAGUUAUGACUGGUGCUUGUCUGGCUUUCAUCAAAGUUUAGCUAGGAAAAGCCCUUGCAGGAAGCUCAGCUAAACAGGAGACCGUGGACAUCAAGCGGCGAGUGACAGAAGUGUCUUUGCCGACGCAAUAGAAACUAUUCACUUGCAGAACCUAUAUGUAUAUAUUCUCUUCUCUCCAUCUUUAGUCUCGUGCAGGUCGCGGUUACUGCAGGGAGGCAACACGAACACAGUGAGAGCGCCCCUCCUUAUUAAUACGCUAGAUGCUUCUGUUUGGGUUUAUUAAUCCUUUCGUCAGGUUUGCUUUUGACAAUCCUGUUCAAAAAGGAGAUGCUUGCUAUCAAAAACUCUCAUUGUAAAGCACAAUCUUGAUCUGUUAGAGGUCUUUAAAUAUCUACCAAAGUGUCUUCAUUCAUCUGUGCGAUCUAAUCAGAGUGUGAAUAGCAUUUGGUAGUGGCAGUCGGUCAUUAUCGAAGUGGGCGGACGUACAGCUUUCAGGGGCUGUUUUAGUGAAACCCAUUUAAUUAAUAAGUGGUUUGCUCAGCUGUUGUAUUGUACGAGCUACGUAUCAACGGGCCGCACUCGGGUCUCCUCGCAGUACACGGGCUCUGCCAUAGUAUCUACCAACAGGUAGGAGCUGUCGACUACAUAUUAUCAAAGCUAGCAUUACUGAGCUUACCUUUCAAUGAAACCUGUACAAAUAACUAUUUUCAAUUAGACAGUGAAAAUGUAUAUCAUCGCCCGUUUGCAUUUAGGACACUAUUUCUCUGGGCUGACAUCUACAUUAUGUCUGCUAAUAUAGUUUUCUGCUAUAGUUCAGUUCCAGCUCCUUUCGAGUUUUUCUGUUUAGCAUUUAUUAGUGAAUUUGAACAAGACCGUUGUAGCUUUCGUUCUGCUGCUGUAACGGUUGCACUGUAUUUUAGCGAAGAUAUUGAUUGGCCCCUGAUACGUUCCAUGUUAAGCUACAAAUAAAAAGAGUAUUACGCUGUUACAGAAAAGCUAUUGAAUCAAGUGUUACCUAUUUGUGUCAACCAGCAGAAACGUCAGGGUCGAAAUUUCAAUCGACAUUCAUUUACGUCCCUAUGUGCAAAUAUUUAUGUAAAAAUAAAACCUCAAUUAAUACUUUUUUCAAGUUAAUAAUCUAGUUCUACUCGAGCAAUCUGUGACCAGCUUCUCAGAAUACUAGCUAUGAGAUAUUGCCUCUCAUAUAAAGGUAUGACAGAAAUGUUAAUUUUCAAUACAAUGAUUAACCAAAGUAUCAUAAUAUGGAAUGAAAGGUAAGUAAACAUGUGGGUUUAGUAAAAUGUCCAAAUCAAUGCUUUGCGGCAGCCCUCUUGAGUUAUAGCGAUCGACUGUUUAUGCAGAAUUCUUACAUAACGUUCAUCAAUCGAGUCUGUAUGGCAGUCAACCGUGACAUAGAGCCAUAGCAAACGCGCUUCUACAGUAUAUAAUGGGCUAUGUCUGUUCGCUUAACAAGACUGAAUUUUGCCUAGCACGCCUGCAGCGAGCCCUACACGAGGGGCAAAAGACUUAUUCAAGAAAAAAUUAUAGAUCGCUCGCGACCAUUCCUGCUAGCGUAUAUAUAUGUAUACACACGUAGAGCUGCUGGAUCAGAGCAAAGUGAACAUGUAGUUGGCGCAAAAAUGCUGUGAGUUCCUUGGCUCGGUAACUUGUUGUUUUUGUUAAUAAACUAAUUUAGCAAUUACGUGAUUCUGCGACCCGGUAAGGCUACGCAAAUAAAGAAGCAUUUUUUUUAUAAUACUGCAUUUCUUAGGCACCAACUUAGUCCGUCUUGGUCGAAGUUCCAUAACUUGAGAAUACAUUCACUCAGUCGCCCGUAGUUCAUCCAGAUAAACAAAAAUUGCGCUCCUAUACAACGCGUGUAACCCGUCGGAGGUCUACUCGAAAAAAUAUUUUAUAAAGCACUGUACCUGGCUAUCUUUUGUAAUUCAUAGUUCCUCGUCCCUCUGCAAGGAGAGAAUGCAACAGGGCGGUAACAACAAAGCAUACAAUCAGGGAAACAUGUCAGGCUCAUUUCGUAACCGUUCGAACCAAGGCUCAAAUGGUAACGUGUCACAUCACGGUGGCCACGGCGGAGGGAGAAGGAACGACCAUCGACAUUCGCCAGAUAACAACAACACUAGCCACAACAACAACAACAACAACAACAAUAACAAUGGCGGCGGGCGAAGCGAGCGCUAUACACACGGGGGUGGCGGGGGUGGAGGAGGCCGGGAGAUGAACGGACGAAAUUCGCACGGAGGCGGCCACGGUGGUCACGGCGGUGGCAAUUAUGGCGGUCGUGGAGCGGUGCUGUCACGAGAACAAACGCGACCUCCUCCAGUGCAAUCUUCAACGCAGUUCGAUUCUCGCAACCACAAAGAGAUUGUUGACUUCUUCCAACACAAUUUCGAUAUCAUUAAAGAUCAAACGCUAAGCGGCUCCGGACACAAAUCUAAUAGCACUCGAAAGGCGGUAUACUAUCAACCUCCGCAAGGAACGGCGCGUCCGCCAGCAGUCGCUAGCGAAGCCGGCUUAUAUUAGCGAUCGUUCGACUUAUGCACCAAUUAUCAUCAAGUGACAAAGAAUAUGUACACAACAUGAAUCGGUCACUCUAUACAGAGAGAGAAUUGCGAAAUACUGGCUAUUUUACUUUACUCCUCCUGCUGUUAAAAGCCAAUCAAUGAAAAGCCCUUAACACUAAUCGUCUACGUAGAUAGGAAAAAGCAAGCGUCACUAGAUAACCAGUGGUUCCAUCUUAACCUAUCGAUCUACCAAUGUAAUGAUGUACUCUGCGGUUUAUGUUGUACUAAUUUGGAUUGCGGCUAUUUUGAGCUGCCAGCUGAGCGAGCUCAUCAUAGUCAGUAAUGGAUGAUGAUAACGGUAGGUCUCGCUCCGUGAGGACCGUGUACAGUAUUUAUUACGACCUAUACACGUUCAUACUGCUAUGAGACCUGGCAUGCAUGCGCACAGCAGCCACUCGUUGUCAGGCGCAUCAAUUGGUGAUGCAGUAGCGGUAUGUGACAUCGAUACAACCUAGGUAGAAGAAUACGAUGUGUGACUCUUAUCAGUAAAACAGACCGAUGUUUAUAACCGAAGUCAUCACAUUACAGAACGAAGACAACCUGACGAUAAUCGGUUGUAAUGAGUAAUAAAAUGGUGUGGAAAGUAAUGGACGGGAAUGAAGACGAACUUUUAUACAGCUCAUUGAUGCACCACUAUGGUAAUGGCCUUUUACUGACGCAUUUAAGUUUCUAGACACUCGAGACUCACUGCAUACCGUUUGUUGACAGGUACCAUUGAACACAAGGACAAGUAGUUAGAAUAUACGAUAUAUGAGGACCCGAAUGAAAAAAGGCAUCGUUUCAACAACUAGGACCUCUUAUUUUGCAAGUUUGCUGUUGACGAUACUGCUACUGAUGAUGACGUUGUGCGAUUUAAUGCAUAUCGCGAUUUGAUAAUUUGGUAGGAAGAUCAAUACUCUCCGGUGUGUUUUUGUUGAUGUACUUGUUCAUCCACAUGAUUUUCCUUUACCUUUUAUUUUGCCUGAUUUCGGCUAAGUGAAUUCUCCUUGCUAUAGGACAUUUCUGAAUAUCCAUCAGUAAGAAAGGUGGCAAGUACUCGUCUAUGGUGAGCCUACAAUUCGCUGUUACCCAUCCUUUCGCUCGUGAAUCUCACAAUAGUAUUAGAUCCCGAUGCGCGACUAGGUAUUUCUGCUUCUGAUUGCGUAACAACGAAGAAAAAAAGUCACGGCAUUCUGUCAUACUGUCACUGCUAUAAUUAAAUGAAUUCGCCCAGUUGAUGAUAUUCAUACGGUCGUCAGGAGCGCAGUGCUCGAGCAAUAAAAAGGCUAUUGAAACAAAUUCGAAUGCACAAUAUAACAACGGUACCUAUGAGUGUAUGAUUCAUAACUGAUCAUUGUAGUAUUCAGGCAUAUCGUUAUGCUUAUGACCUACAUCGACCCUUCUGGAAAGAUUUAGCGAGUCUGACAAAAACUGCCAAAGAAAAAUACCGAAAACAGUUUACGAACAUUCGAGGAAGAUCAAACGGUUCUGCAUUUCUGGUCUAAGUAGAUCCCGUGAUGAUUUGCUGCCUCGAGAAUAGGAUACGGAUGAUGAAGGACAGCGCGCAGUUGUGGAUUGAGUGUUAACACAUUUAUCACUUCGUUCAAGUUCAUGCAUUACCCGAUCGCUGCCAAAUCAGCGGAUAAUCGCUGCCAACGAAAAAAAGCCUGAUUGGCGUUAUGGAUUUCCCUAAUACUGUGAUCAUCAUCGCUUUCCGAUGCAUAAUUCCGAAAAGGUCACAGCUUAGGGUUCUCGCUGUGAAGAUAAUUUUUCGAAAAAAAUUCUAUUCAAACAUUUCUGCUCGUUUUUAUCCUUUCUGCGUUGUCGUACAAUUUGAACAUUACGCGUCAUGUUAGUAUUGCUGACGCCUCAUCAAUGAAUACCGACUGCGGUUGAACGAAUGGUGUGUCCUGUGACUGCUAAGGAAAACAGAAUGCAAAAAAUCAUUCGAGUUUCACUUAUUGUUUAUCAUUAUUAUAGUUAAUUAAAGCUAUUAUAUGAGUGAUGAUAUGAUUUAUCCAUUUCUCAAAACGGACUACGAUGGUGACACAAAUGUCGAAAGUGAUACCACGCCUACGCAUCUAACAUCUACGGUCUAUUAUUUUGUGUAACUAAUAUUACUACGAGGUACUGACGACAAGAGUGAAGAUCCCAGUGUCGUUUUUACAAUGUGCGCCUAAAUGCGCGGUGUGUAUAAUAGCCUAUGUCAAGAGACAGACGAAAGAUUAGAAACUUCGAAUGGAACAUACAAAACAUUUAUAAGUUAACUUUAUCAUACUACUGCUACUGCUGAUACUUAUGUGCUGCACGAAAAUAUACCGAACAUGUAUGAAGGGUUCUACCUAUUCAAGAAAGUGUAUGUAAGUUGGAGUACAUUGGACAUAACCGAUACCUAGAAAUCUACCCAAGCCAGCAAAUUAAUGUGUGAUUAGCUAAAGAUGUCUCCAUACCAAUUACUAGCGAUUUACUUAUCUUGAAAUAUAUGAAUGUAUGUAUAUGCAAGCCGUUGUGUGUAAAACUAUGUAAAAUGAUAUAUAUUUUCAUAGUAUUUGAUCUAAGUGCUUACACUUGUUCAAAAGAAGACCUUCCGGUGUUGUAACUAUACUGUAUAGGUGAUAUAAAUUGAUGCUAAGUUUAGAUUAUUGAAUAUGCGGAUCAUAUCAUGAUUACAAUGAUUAUAUUUACUAGAUAGUUGUUUUAAAAAAGCUUUGUUUCUUCGAACCUUCGGUAGAGUGAAAAUCAAUAACCAACUGUACUCACGCCCCGACAAGCCCGUGUAUACAUGCGUCGGGAUGUCCUUAGUUGUUAUUACAACUCCAAACCUUAAAAUGAUGAUAAUGGUCUGGAGUGAACGUGCAAAAAGGCAUCACGAAAUUCAAUGAAUGUUACAUAACUUACAUGAAUUUUUCGAUUGGACAGUGCAUCUGCUAGAUUUUAUCUUGUACUAUAGAGAUGUUUUCUGUUGAAUGUUAUAUUGAUAUAUUUGA